GGGAGGACCUAAUGGUCCCGCUAGCAUUCAACUGCCACUCUUAGCUACGGAAUCCCAUUCACUAUUCUGGGUAACCAGGUAGCUGAACCUGGUUCGGGAUGCCCAGCUUCCUUCACAUGUUGGGACCCCAGGACGCGUCCAUGUCGCCGACAGAUAGUACGUGCACACCAUUUCUUGUUCUCCCCACGGGUGCACGCAGAUAGAGGGACACAGGAAGUAAGACCAAGCCCGAAUAUUCAUAUAAUCCUCGGGUUACAUCGUCUUCCUCAAGUUUCUUACAGUACUAAACUCAGAGAACUGCAUGUCAAGAGAAAACAUCUCGACAAAUCAGGGAUAUUUAAAUACACAAAACACAGUAUACGCAGUACCCAUACCCACGCAUAUCACGCCAUGGCAACGUCUCAGCAUUGCGUGCCGCUGGAAUUAAGCGGUGCCUUGGACAAGUUCUCGUUUGAGGAGACAACGCCCGAGGUUGGCCGCGAGUACGCCCAUGUCAACAUCGUCGACGACCUCAUGAAUGCCGAGAAUGCCGAUGACCUCCUGCGUGACCUUGCCAUCACAAUCUCGAGAAGGGGGGUGGUCUUCUUCAGGGCGCAGACGAACCUCAGCAACGAACUGCAAAAGGACUUCGUGCACCGGCUCGGACAACUGGCUGGAAAGCCCAAGGAGUCGUCCGUCCACAUCUUUCCCCUGGCACCGGCCUUUGUGCCGGAGGGGGGCACGCCCGACAGACAGAUUAGCUACGUCAACUCGGUCGGCUUCAAGUACAUGUUUGAGAAGAUGCCCAACAUGGACAAGCGACGUUUCGACGCGGCCGAAUGGCACACCGACAUCCAGUUCGAGCCCGUCCCUGCCGAUUACACGUCGCUGCGCGUGAUCAAGCUCCCCGAGACGGGCGGCGACACCCUGUGGGCAUCAGGCUACGAGCUGUACAACCGCCUUUCCAAGCCGUACCAGGACUUUGUGGACGGCCUGACCGUCACCUGCCGGGCCGACUGCGUGCUGAUGGCCAUCCGCAAUAGAGGCGAGCAGAUUGAGGAAGGGGAGAGGGGGAACCCGGCGAAUGUGGGGGCCGCCCUGACGGCCGUCCAUCCUGUUGUGCGUACGAACCCGGUGACGGGUUGGAAAAGCAUCUUCGCCGUCGGCCAGUUUUCCAAGCGCAUCAACGAGGUCAACCCCUACGAGUCCGAGGAGCUCCUGAAGAAGUUCUACGGGAUGAUCCAGGACAACCAUGACCUGCAGUGCAGAUUCAGGUGGAGGAACCCACAUGAUAUUGCCAUCUGGGAUAACCGCAGCUUCUUCCACCGUGCCACCUUUGACUACAUGGAUCUCGGCGAGCGCUCUGGUAACCGCGCUGUGGGUAUUGGUGAGGCUCCGUAUCUUGAUCCGAAGAGCAUCUCCAAGGCCGAAGCACUCCGUCUGAAGAAGGCCGAAGCCAUUGGGGCUACUGACGGCAAUUCUAAUGGAGCCUCCGAUGCUGGCCCCGAUAAACACGGCAUGGCCAUGGGGGGCAGCAAGACGGCUGUGGGGGGCAACAGCAUGGCCAUGGGAAUGGGGGGUCAAGAAAUGGCCCACUGAAGCACUGGGGGUUCGGCAACCGAGUUUGUUUGAUGUUUUGAUUGCUCCAAGAAUGCUAGCUCACUGCCUAUUGUCGCCAUUCAAUAAACAUUCACUCCUCUUCGA